AUGAAAAAAUAAAAUUAUCAUAGAAAUGGUGGAACCAAAAAGAAGCAUUUAACAUUUGAUUAAAAAGUUAUGGUCUUAAAAAAAUUAGGACCGAAACCAUCUAAAUUAAGAAUUUAAGCUAUGGCAUAAUAAUAUAAUAUCUCAUCAUCUACAAUUAUGAAUUGGAUUGAAAAAGGAAUUUGGACAUAAAUACCAUCUGUUAUACCAGAAUUAGAAUACUAAUAAAAUAAAUAAAAAUUAAAAAGAUAGAGAGAAAACUUUAUUGAACUUGAUGAUACAGAUUAAAAUAACACAAGAAAUUUAAAAAAAGAAAUUGAUGAACCUUAAUCAAAUUUAUAUGAUUAAAUAGAAAUUAUAUUAUGA